AGCACAUUAGGCCUACCCAAAAUAUCUGACAAAACAAAUCGUCUUUCGCUUUUCCUGGCGAUACUCGGCUUCUUGUCUUUCAAUAAAGUUUUGAUAGAUUAAGAUGGUGUGUGAGAAAUGUGAAAAGAAACUUGGGAAAGUAGUGACACCAGAUCCAUGGAAAAAAGGAGCAAGGAACACGACAGAGGGAGGAGGAAGGAAAGUAGGUGAAAACAAGCUUCUGACUGCCAAGAAAGCUCGCAUGAAUCCAUACACCAAGGAUUUUAAGAAGUGCAGGAUAUGUAAGCAGUCUGUUCAUCAGAUAGGAUCCCAUUACUGUCAAGCGUGUGCCUACAAAGUUGGUAUCUGUGCAAUGUGUGGAAAGAAGAUAAUUGACACCAAGAAUUACAAGCAGUCCUCUGUAUAGCAUCUACGUAGCCUCUGCAUGGAUUGGUGAGUGUCAUCAGUCAAUAUGUGACUUGCUGCACCAAGUUGCUGCACAUGUUUUCAGAGAGUCUCCACUCUAUGUCCCACAACAUCAACCAGAACAGCUUGAAGAACAGUGGUGGUGACAACAGCAGCAGACAAAAGCAUGGAAAUCUGGGGAGCGUUUCAUCCGCAUUUUUGUCUGACAAGUUGUCAGAUCUGACAUUUUUCCAUGAUUCUGAUUGGCUGAGAGGCAAUGUUAAUAUGGUAACUAUGGUACUUGUCGGAUAAAACGUCGGACAAAUCCUUUCAUGAAACGCUACCCUGGUGUACUUCAUGGACACUGCUCAUGUAUGGAUUCCCCAUUGCUGAAAGUGCCAUUCUCACUUACACGUAUUUCAUCAGAAAUGAAAUAUGACAUUAAGUGAUUUUUUUAUGGGAACUUAGGACACUUAAUUAGAAGCUAGCCAUAUUGUUGACUUCUGUCAUCAUAGUGUGUCAUUUCCUGAUGGUAUCAUAUUUUCGUGAGAUUUGGUAGCCUACAUCUCCCCAGCUUUCACCACAACCCAGUGUGAUUUCCAUAAAAGUACACCAUUGACACCUUCAUUGUCACAGAAAAAAAUGAGGGCAGAGACAAUGUUAAAAAGCAAUGUAAUGAAUUACAUUUCCACUAAUUUCCUUUGCAUUUGCAUUCAAUUUAACAAAAGGUUUGAGAAACAUUGUUUUUAUUUUUUCCAGGAUGAUGAUUGCAAUAUAGUAUUGGAAGAUCAAAACACAUUUGUAUUUACUAUCAAACUAUUAAGAGUGUAUAAUCUGUUAAAUGAAUAUGAUUUUAACUUACAGUGCAGUAAAAUGAAUUCUAUGGAGCUUGUGUACCCUGCCUUGGUUGAAGGUGGUAUUGUGAAACCUGGAGGGUAUUUCAUAAAACUGUUCAUAACUUAUCAAUGACUUUACCACAUGACUGGUGACCAUUUCUUCUGCUGAAUGACAUAUCCCUACCAUGCCAACGUAACUGACCUAGCACCUAAGAACAUGUUCCAGUUGUGCAUAAAAAAAUUUACAAACAGCUUUAUGAAACACUCGUUCCACAAUUACCCAAGCUUUAGCAUAGCUGUCAAUGAGGUGCUUUAGUAUAUCGGAAUAUAUUUCUGCCAGAAUCAUAUUUACCUUUUUGGGUUGUGUUGGCAAAUGUCGACACUUUGCUGUGGGACCUUAGUGAUCUAGAAUCUGGACACAUAUCCACGAAACCACAUCUCUUUGUGUUUUACAGCGUGGUGUAGACAAGAGCUGAGGUACUUAUAAUGCUCCCUUGUUUGGUUCAUGCAUUUGCUAUUUAGCCCUCUUUCCAUCUAGUAUUUUCUGCAGGUUUCAUAAAAUACAGGUUAAGCUACUCAAGAAUCUUAUCAAAUCUAUUGGGACCACGACUAAGGUGAAAUAAUUUGGAAGAAGCAUAUAACAUGUUUGGUAAAAUCUGGUCCAAAAAACUGUUUAGACUUGGGUCAUUAAUCAACUUAAGGAAUGUAGACUUGGGCAGACUUUACUCUAGUUCGAUGUGUGAUCUUGUCCUCCAUUGAACUUGUGUUCUAAAGAGCUAGGCUAAGGUCAUUUACAUUAUAUGCCUAUGGUGAUCAUGAUCAAAAUUUUCAGUUGCCUAUAAUAAUAGCUCUUGACUUCCCAUUUGUUUCAUGAAACCAGGGCUUUGGGAGUUUCUAAUCUUGAGCAUCAGUAAAAUCUUAUUAUUAUUUCUCCUCUUAUCUCCUCUUCUGAUAUAUUUUGAUCAAAUUAUCUGGAUUUUUCUCUUUAUAAUUUAUGUGUAAUCUUGACCCACUUUCGGUAAAUAUUGCAAUGGCUUAUGUUUCACAAAUGAUAUAUAUUACAAUUUCAGUUGUUUUAUUUGUUAUCUUUAAUAUCGAUAGAAUUUCUUUUCUUUUUACUUUUUGGGAUAUAUGUCGAUAUUUCACGAAUUGUUACCAUUUUAGUUGUAAUGUACAUGUAUAUAUAUAUAUCUGUGUCGGGUGCAAAUUCUGCUGGAUUAGACACAAUGGCCUGUAUUCUGUAGACAGGUUUAAUUUCAACUCUUGUUAAAAGUUGUGGUUUAACUAUGAAUAGCCAAUAGUUGCGAAAACCCUAAGAAUAGAGGUUCAUUGUAUCAGCUCAACUGACUAUCAAAGCAUUCUUAGCUCUUUGUGAAGGAUAAAUAAAAUAGUUGCCUUCUUCUUCACCAUCAAAGACUUAAGAAGCCCACUAAAAUAAACAUACAAUGUAAAGAAAGUUUUGACAAAUUUGGCUUCUCAUAAUUUUAGCAUAGAGUUAGACCAUGGUCUAAGUUAAACCCUGACUUCUGAAUACGGGCCAAUGCGCAUGGCUUAUUUUAUCAAAUACACAACAAAAAAUCCAUUUACCAAUUUGCACUUUUGGCAAAGGGCGCCUUAUUGCGGUAUCACGCCCAAGUGCGUUAAUACAAGAAAUCUUUAUAGUACAUAGUUUUGUUCUAUGGUGCAAUUGAAAACUCUUUUUGAAAAUACAAACCAAUAGUUUUGAGGGGCUGACUAUUGUGCACAAACAAUAUUGCCCCAGACAUGGUACUGCAACUGCAUCCAACCCAGAGGCGGUAUACUGCCAAUUCGUCCACCGCCAACUCGUCCACUCACCACAUGGUCUACCUUCAUUUAGUCUCAUGCUAUUCCGUCCAACAUUUCACCUAACAACCAGUUGGUCCAAUAAUCAUUUGGUACAAUCAUCACUUCGUCUAAUCACCAUUUCAUCUAUGACCAUUUCGUCUCAUAACCAGUUGGUCUAAUGUUCCUUUUAUUUUCAUUCAUUUUGCCCAAUUAACACUUAGUCCAAUGAGACCAAAUGGUAUGUGGACUAAAUGGCUAUUGGACCGACUGGUUACUAGACAAAAUGGUGAGUGGACGAAAUAGCAAUUAGACAAUGUGGAUAUUGGACGAACUGAUGGUAGACCAAAUGAUAGUAGACAAGUUGGUAACUGGAUGAAUUGGCAUGGGACCAAAUGAAAAUAAACCACCAUAGGCACAUACUACAUAAUAAUUGCCAAUUAUACAAUUUAGACAACUUGUAAAUGUAUGUAUAUUUUUUUAUUACUCUUGAAGUCUAUUAAUUGGAUCUAUGAAAAUAAAUAUCUGUACAAUUGUACAUAUAAACAUGAUAAUAUGUUUGCAUUGGUGUCUGUGCUGUAACAUUUACAGUUAAACUUAAAUGUACAUAUUCUUACAACACAACACGAGAAAU